AUGGUGUCUGUGGCAGUAUAUGUAGAUGAUGUCAUACUCACAGGAAAUGAUCUUGAUGAGAUCAACUCUCUGAAGAAGUUCUUGGACCAAACUUUCAAAAUCAAGGACUUGGGGAUUUUGCACUAUUUUUUAGGGCUGGAAGUGUUAUAUAAAGAGAAUGGGGUGUUGAUCUCUCAGAGAAAGUUCACUAUGGAUCUGUUAAGGGAGUAUGACUGCUUGCAACAAUCCCCAUUGUCAUCUCCUCUUGAUCCCUCAUUCAAGUUAAAAGCUAACCAAGGUGUUUUGUUGGAGGAUCCCACUCAAUACAGAAAGUUAGUGGGGAAGCUGAAUUUUAUCACCAACACCAGGCUUGAUAUAGCUUUCAGAGUGCAACAUCUUAGCCAAUACAUGCAGAGUCCCAGAGAUACUCACUUAAAUGCUGCAUAUCAUGUGUUGAGGUACUUGAAAGGUAAUCCAAAUCUGGGAAUAUUUCUGUGUAACAACACAGAUUACAAUAUCAAUGCUUUUUGUGACUCAGAUUGGGCUGCCUGUUCAGAGUUAAUAAAGUCUGUUAGUGGUUACUUAAUUCUACUUGGUGGAAGCCCAGUUAGUUGGAAGUCAAAGAAACAGUCCACCAUAGCUUUGUCCUCAGCCGAAGCAAAGUACAAAUCAGUUAGAGCAGUGGUUGGUGAGCUUGUGUGGCUAGUUCGACUGUUUGAAGAGUUCUCAGUUACACUGUCUCUCCCAAUUCCAGUCUUUUGUGACAGUCAGGCAGCCUUACACAUAGCUAAGAAUCCAGUUUUUCACGAACGUACCAAACAUAUAGAGGUCGAUUGUCAUUUUGUUCGAGACAAGCUUCAGGAAGGAUUGAUUUCCUUACACUAUAUUCCUACAUCUGAUCAACUAGCUGACAUAUUCACCAAGACUCUCACAUGGAUCAAGCAUUCUACUUUACUAGACAAGUUGGGUGUGAGUUCCUCCCUUCCAACUUGA